AUGGCCAUCGGCACUACCACCGAACGACCGACGGCGGCGGAAGCCGUGGCGAGCCACAACCUGCUACGGCGACUGAUCCUGUCGCUGUCGCUGUCGACGGCGAGCAAGGUGAUCGUGAAGCAGCAUGGCGGCGGCCACCAGCAUCAGAACCGGGCCGGCGCCGGCGGCGGCGCGUUCACGUGCAAGACGUGCGGGCGCGCGUUCCCGACGUUCCAGGCGCUCGGCGGCCACCGGACGAGCCACAAGCGGCCGCUGGUGCGCGCGCACGGCCUGGACCUCCUCCUCGGCGCGCGGCCAGGGAAGGGCGCCGCCACGGCCGCGGCCAGCGACGUGCACCGGUGCACCACCUGCGGAGCCGUGUUCCCCACUGGGCAGGCGCUCGGCGGACACAUGCGCCGACACAGGGCUGCAGCGGCGUUCGAUGUCGUCGUGCCCGUGCACGGCGAGAGCGAGACGGCGGAGAGGGUUGUUGAUGCCUUGUCUGGAGAUGAUGACGUGGGGCCCAUUAGGUUAUUCAAGUUCAUAUGA